AAGUUCUAUAUUAGUCAGUUUAAAAGCAAUUUCAAGAAAAUUCCAAGUUUUUGUUAGUAAAAUUAAUAUAAUUUAAGCGCUCGAAAUGGAUGCUAAGGACAUUUUCCACGAUUGUUUGAGUGAUAGCGAUACUGAACACUUUUCGGAUGUGUCGGAAUUACCUGAGAAAGCUGUGGGGGAUGGAUCUCACAGUGAUGAUAAUAAGAAAAAGGAUACUGCCUCUGCAAAGCAAUUGAUACGUUUCGAUGAUCCUGAACAGAUACGAACCGUUUUGGAACGUGCCGCCUUGACCACAAAAAUGUUGCUGCGAUGCUAUGGCGGAGACGGGCAAUCCGGCAACGAGGACAACGUUCCCUAUCAUAGAUCCCCACGUUUCUACCCGGCCACAUUGGAGAUUAACGCACGUUUGCAUGCCGAAGAGACUUGUUCGUGUCCCAAGAAUUGUCAAUGUCAAUUGCGUGGAGAACCUGUAACCCUGAAGUUGCCAAUCGAGCUGAACCCACUAAACGGGCAGGUAAAUGUGGAAAUCUAUCAGCCCAAAUCAUUGGAACCUGCGGUGCCUCGUAAAUGUUUAUGUGACAAGGGCAGGAAAAAUAGAUUGCAUUGUCGCACUGUGCGUUGGAGCCAGGAGGAAAACCUGCACUUAUAAUCACUAAAACA